AGCAGCCGUGUUGAAACGGUCCACGGCAAGCAGCAUCUCCGAAUGCGCAUCUCGGCGCGUAACGAGCAGCUUAGUCGAUUCCUCAAACCAACCUGCUUAUCGCUUCCAUCCUCUACAAUGGUCGUCCAUGGCGCGGCCGGAGAAACGAAAGUGGCAGCGAGCAGACGACCCUCCGCCAGAUCCAGUCCCAUCGAAGAAAGCGAAAUCGAGGGGUGCGUUCCGCAGUCCUCCGAACUUCCCCCCCGAAUUCUACGAUAACUUGUCGACGAUUUGGCUCACGAGUCGUGCCAAGCGAGAACUCGACCGGCGAAACGAGGACCAUCCCCCAUCGAAGUCCGCAAGCCGGCUUGUAGGAAGACAUCGUAGCGCGAAAGUUGCUGCGCUUGGAAGAUUUGGUGUUUCAGAGCUUGCUCUGUUUGCAACGGAUGGUGGUCCAGAUCUCGGCGAUCUUCGAGGGUACCCAGGGCCGACGAGCAUAGCACGCGCGAUGGCCUCCACGCCGUCUGCGAGCAGCAGGCGAACGCAAUCAACUAAGCCGACGACCGUUACCUCCAAAAGCAGGCGAUCUUCUGCGUACGAUGCGAAUUUCGAACAACACCUCAUUGACAACAAUAUCUACCCUCCACUCUAUGACUUCCCCGAUGACCGUGAACCCCCAGAACCGGCCAACUGGGAAGAAAUUCGACAGGCUCUGAAAGUGCCUAGGGGGUCUCUUUCGCCGUCGACUGUUCCCAACUCAGCCUUUAAAGACUUUCAGCGCAGGAACAAGACCAAGUCAGAAGGCACAAUCAUGCGCAAUGUGGUUCCACUGAUCGCUGGCAAUAUCAACAUUCCAAACGAAGGACAUAUUUCGUUCACUAAUUUGGAAUCGAUAACCAAUAAUACCACUGUCAACCCGGUGCCUGACUUUUUCGACGGAGCGCGACCUGGCGACUUGGAUAAGAAAGUAAGAGAAGAUUUGGAUAAGAUAAUUAUACCGAGUAAAAAAGGAGGGUUUCCUGUGGCGCCUAACUUUUUCCUCGAGGCUAAGAGUUCUGGAGGAACCGUUGAGGUGGCAGACGGACAGGCAGUCUUGGACGGCGCGCAUGGAGCAAUCAUUAUGCAUGCUCUGCAGAAUUACCUCCAAGCAGAGCCUCUCUACGAUGGCAAUGCCUAUGCAUUUACGUCAACACUCCUCGGCGGGACACUUACGCUAUAUGCACACCACAUCACUGCUCCUGUUGGCCCUGGGCAGAGACCGUGCCAACACACUACUCAGCUCAAAGCCUAUGCUCUGACGGGUGAUCAUGAUGUUUGGUUGGAGGGUACUGGAGCCUUUAGGAAUCUGAGGGUAUUGGCGAAAGACUACCGGGACCGGUUUAUUGAGACAGCAAAUGCAAGAGCACGC